AUGCACACAUAUUGGGCCUCGAUCUUUAUGCUUCCUGCUUCUAUCACUAAAGAACUUGAGCUAAGGAUGAAGUGCUUCUUGUGGAGUCAUGAGAUUGAAGUCCGUGGGAAAUCUAAAGUUGCUUGGAAGGAAGUUUGCCUCCCAAAGAGUGAGGGAGGUCUUGGCAUUAAAAGGAUAUCGAAAGUUAAUAAAUCACUUAUGGCUUUUCACACGUAUAGUAUCUUGACAAGUAGGAGAUCGCUUUGGGUGGAGUGGAUCCAAAUAUACAGGCUGAAAAACAGGAGUUUCUGGGAAGUCACUUGCCACCAGAAUGCUACUUGGACUUGGAGGAAAUUGUUACAAAGUAGACCUCUCCUCCGCCAGUUCUUGUGGACUAAAGUGGGAAAUGGAGAAAAAACGUUCCUUUGGCAUGACACUUGGUGUGAAGAAUGCCCUCUUAGUAGAUAUGUUUCGCCAAGGAAUAUAGCUCGAGAGGGGAUGACAAUGUGCUCGAAAGUUUCUGAUGUUUGUCAACAAGGCGGAUGGGAUUGGCCUGAUGCUUGGAGAGAUCUUUUUCCGGUGUUGUUUCAGUUGCAGCCAUUACGGGUGGUGAGUAAUAGAUCGGAUGCUGUUAUAUGGAGGAAUAGUAAUGGUAAUACUAAGCAAUACUCGGCGAAAAUUGUUUGGGUGCUAUUCGGAGUAGAGGAGAUAUUUAUCCGUGGACCUAUGUAG